UCCAUUUGUAAUCCUUCUUUUUUUCCUCUUUCCUCUCUUUUUUUCCCUGUCAUUCAAUCCUUUCCGUUACUCACCUAUUUCCCCCCUCGUCUUAUUAUUGUCAUCCUCGAUCCUUUUUGCUCAUUUUCUUUUUAAUCGUGGUCUUCAGUCACGCCAUCCCACUCACUACAGAAACAGUCCAUUUUUACCACCUUUCCUUUCCGAAACAUAUCGUCAUCCCUUUCAAGCCAACCCACGGCCCUUUCAAACAUCAUACCCUACUUCAAUCCAUCAUAUCUAGUCAUGAGGUCAGAUCAGUGGGUUUACAUAGGUGAUUAUAUGAUGGCUUAAUCCCAUUUAGGAACUAUCACUCGAAUAUUUCGCUUCCUUCGCCGCCAAUUCACACGGAAAGCAUGCUGCCGCCAUUAUCUGACAUUGCCCCUAUCCAUUACAGUUCGAUGUCCGGCGUCCGUUCCACAGACCCGUGGUGGGGUAAUACAGAAUUGCGGCCUAUCCUCAAUCAUCCUGCCAAGCCGUCAACGGACCCCCUCCCGUUUAACCAUGAUGCCCUCACCCCUUCUGCCAGUCCCUCGCCACCCAUCAAUGAUCACAUCAAUUGGUCACCCAAGUCAUCCCAGUGCAACAGUCGCAAAGGGUCGAUUGCUUCGCUCCUCAACACAGACCCGGAACUCCGUCAGUUGGACGAAGAAGAAUUACGCAACGGGUAUCAGUCGCAUUUCGAUGCCGCCACAGAUGACCACGACGACAACAGUGACCAUGGAUGCAGCAGAGAUGGAGGUGUUCAAAAGCGAGGUCGACCUUCCGCUACCGUCUAUUCAUCCCCCGAUGCAAAGAUAAAAAAGCGCAAAUGCGCUACCAAAAAAAAACUGAAACGAUCCACUCAAGUUGAUCCCGAGCAGCGACCCAUUCAUAAAGGUCUACGCCACUUUAGUAAACAGGUUUGCAACAAGGUGGCUCACCAUGGUGUUACCACGUACAACGAGGUAAAUCAUUACAAAACUCUCCUUUUGACCGCGGUGAACCGCCCAACUGACAAUGGAUAAUAGGUAGCUGAUGAAUUGGCAAUGGAGUUUCAAUACGCGCUUGAUGAGGUAUAUUUUUUGCAAUUCUUUUGCGUAGAACAUUCG